AUGGAGAAACGAUCGUGCAGCGCGUAUCCAGAUCCGAAUUCCGUCUCUGGUGCAGGAAGCAAACGAAAAGCGACAAGUGCUAUUGACCAAAGCGACAGAUCUUCUUCAUCGACGCGAAAAAUCGCGGGGCACGUUGGCAGUUGGAGUGGAAAUCAAAACGAGACGCAUACCAUGAAGAUGACUAAGAUUGAAGGGCAGCCCAUGUCUCAGGACGUCGAUGAUCCAUUGGCCAACAAUCUACAAUGUUUAUUGGAGACAUGGAAUAAUAAUGCGUCGCAGGGUGAAUUAAUUUUGGUUGAAGAUGAACAGCAGUUGACGGAAAUGGAAGAACAACUCGCACAGGCUAAGCUGAAAAUCAAGGGUUUGAAACAAAGGCUUUCCAAGGCUGUUGAUCGUGGGAUCGCAAUGAAGAAGAUUAUUCAAGACCAAGUUAAAAGGGGGGAUGAAAUUGUGAAAAGGCAAAAUGUCGUCUUCGACUUGAUGGCAGUCGUAGAGGAGCACUUCGAGAGCGCAGAGAAUACACUGAGAGAAUGCGAGGAGACCGAAGAGGACCUGGCAAAAUUGUAUAGUGACGCUAAACUCAAGCAGCAGGAGACUGAAAAUAUUCUGACCGAAUCGUUUGAUAGAUACCGUGAAACUGAAACAAAGGAAUUUGUAGAGCAAUUGGCAAUGUUAGAUAGAGAAUUGUUGAUCGAUCAAACUAGGUAUCAACAACUCAAAGAUCAAUUAUCCGAUUUGACUCGCCUUAAUUCUGAAGUUGAUCUUAAACAGGAGAUGGCUGAAAAAACGUUUAAUGAAAAUCGGGUCAAACACGCCGAAGAGAUAAGUAAAAUGUCUGAAAUCAAAAUGAAUAUCGAAGAAAAAUUUAAACUGGAAAUAGAGGAGAAGUCGAAAUUGGUAGUUGUAAGUGUCUCACAGAUAUUAUUCUCAAAUCCAGAGUUGGUUUUUGGAGAAACUCCUCCCUGGUGUGAAAUUCUAUUAGACGAAUAUGGAUACGCAACUAAACUGUGCCGAAAUCCGUAUAGAAAACAGUCAUAG